UAAACUUGCUCCUAUCCACUUAAGCCAGGUUUGAAGUAAAAACUUAAUAGGCCCAUUCUGAAAUGGCUUUUACCAGCUCCAGCGUCCUCAUGGUUGACUGAGCUCCCACAAAUGGUUGCUGACUUUGUUUGUGUCCCCAGGUGAGCAGAAAUGAGUGAACAAGCAGAAAAGAGCAGUUCCAUGCAAGAGAGACCUGCACGUCAAAGUUCUCCUGAGAAACCAAGUGAGAUGGAACUGAAGCAAAUGAAACAGGUGGAUCGGCAGUUAAAACGGUUGUCAUUUCAAAAUCCUGGGCCUCAGGUAGCCACCUUUAAUCCUGAAGUGAGGCAGCAGAUCAAGAAAGGGCAAAUGGCAAAGAAGAAUGAGUUUGUUUCUGUAAAACGCAAAGUCAACAAGUAUGACAAAAAGGGCAGGCUCACCUUCAAUGAGGCUGACCUGUGUGACUGCCUUGAUGAAGACUGCCUGAGUUGCUUCUACCCGUGCCCCAAGUGUAACUCCACCAAGUGCGGGCCCACUUGCCGCUGCAACCGCCGCUGGGCCUACGACACCAUAGUCAAUGAGAAUGGGGAGGUCAUCAGCAAGAUGCCAUUCGACCUCUCCGACUAGGUGCAGCCCUCCAGGCUGAUCAAUUUUCUCUGCUUUGCAGUUAAACCAGCCUCUUUCUCCUGGGUGAAUUUUAGGA